UUCUGCAUCUGACGUUCUUGGUCGCGAACGGGUCUUGCCGCCAAUCAUCCGCCACUUUUUACUAAUCUUCCUCUUCCAUCAUUUGUGGUCAUGUCAUUGGAUAUAACAUUCGCCGUCCCGAGAAAGGUUGUCUCUUGAGCAGCAUUGCCAUGGCUUCUCCCAGUGAUCCAGCAUCCUUAGCCAGCCUGAAGGCUAAGCAGGAGCGUAUACGUGACAAUCAAAGACGCAGCCGAGCUCGACGACAAGAGUAUACCAUCGAACUAGAGCAGAGGCUCGAACAAUGUCGUAUCACUUGUCGCGAAGCUGACUUGCUCCGUCAGAGCUUCCAGGACCUGCAAGCAGAGAAUUCCCGUCUACGAGGGCUUCUGAAUACAGCAGGCGUCAGUCCUGUCCUUGUCGAUUCCUUCUUGCGACAACGCUCCACGGAGCAAUCUUCCUCCACCAGCAACAAUCCCUCAAACUUGCGCCAGCUCAAGCCAAAAAUAUCACCUCAUGCUAUCUCCACGAACGCAAUGCAGCCCUUAGAUGCGAGGGCAACCUCAAGUACUGUCCCCAAAUCUACACGGCGCGCCGUAUCACAAACUCGCAGCUCGACGGACCCGUCAUCUUGCUGCCCGGAAGUAACACGUUCUUCUUCGACGUCGGAGCUAUUGCGUCCCAACUGGGAGUCAACCAACCUCCUUAAUGAGCCUUUGCCUUUGGGUUCAAGCAGUGAUGUUCCGCCGUUACCUUCUCCGACCACGAUUGGACCGUUAACGCUGGACUGGACCUUUGACCCCGGGUCAGAUACGAAGCACUCUGCACAAUCGUCAGUUGACGACUCGAUUACAUACUGGGACAACUUUGCGAUAGAUUCCGCCGAGUACCUUCUCCCAGACGAUACUAUCAACGUCGCAAGCUCGGCUCGAACUGCGGACCCUUGAGAGCGUCAUGCCUCGUGCAGAUCUCUCACCACUUCUGAAUCAGAUUGGGCCCUCAGAAGGAAACAUACAAGAUGGGAAAGCGCAACGAAGCAAGGGACGCAUCCAAUUGCGCGCAGAGCUCCCCCGAGAUUAUAGAUUCGAGACGUUGCAAGCGCACGGGUACUCUCUUGGAAUUCGACCCGCCAAGGCGUCGAC